UGAAGCAGGCCGACGGUCAAGUAGUUAACAAAAAAAAAAUCUCAUGCUGUCACUGUGCUGUUUGGAAAACUGGGGGACAGAAGGGGAAUCUGUUUUGGAUGAGCGUGAGUGGCUGUAACCCCUCCGCUCCCCCAACCCCCGCGCAGGAAGCAGGAAAUUCCAGGGUUUGGUUCCCCAGUGCAGUCUGUACUCAGCAGCCUCUAUAGCUGCGGUUUCACAGGAGUUCCGCAGAAUUGAAGGGGGUGUUUUUCUCUCUCUGACAAUGGAUGCCAUCAUCAUCCAGGAACGUCUGGUGGAAAAGCUGCUCUCUCCCAGGAAUGUGUCGGAGCAGCGCCGGCGGACACGCCUGAAGGAUGUGGAAAAGGAAUACGUGGGAUUUGCUACACUACCCAACCAGGUCCAUCGUAAAUCAGUAAAAAAAGGCUUUGACUUUACGUUAAUGGUAGCAGGAGAGUCCGGGCUGGGAAAGUCCACUUUGGUCAAGAGCCUUUUCCUGACAGAUCUGUACAAAGACAGAAAACUUCUCAAUGCUGAAGAGAGGAUCAACCAAACAGUGGAGAUUAUAAAACACACAGUGGACAUUGAAGAGAAAGGUGUCAAACUAAAAUUGACGAUAGUUGACACACCUGGAUUUGGGGAUGCAGUGAACAAUAUACAAAGCUGGAAACCUAUAGCUGACUACAUUGACCAGCAGUUUGAACAGUAUUUCCGAGACGAGAGCGGCCUGAACAGGAAGAACAUUCAGGAUAACCGAGUGCAUUGUUGCCUGUAUUUUAUCUCUCCUUAUGGACACGGGUUGCGGCCGCUGGACACAGAGUUCAUGAAGGCAUUGCACCAGAAAGUGAACAUUGUGCCAGUGAUUGCAAAAGCCGACUCUCUCACGCCCAUUGAAGUGAAGAAACUCAAAGAGAGGAUUAGAGACGAAAUUGAACAAUAUGGAAUUAAAAUAUAUCAGUUUCCAGAGUGUGACUCAGAUGAGGAUGACGAGUUUAAACAACAAGACAAGGAACUCAAGGAGAGCAUUCCCUUUGCAGUCAUUGGCAGCAACACAGUGGUGGAGGCACGGGGUCAGAGAGUCCGUGGGCGACUGUAUCCCUGGGGGAUUGUAGAAGUGGAGAAUCAGGCACACUGUGACUUUGUAAAACUCCGGAAUAUGCUGAUCCGAACACACAUGCAGGACUUGAAGGAUGUGACUUGGGACAUUCACUAUGAGAAUUUCCGGGCCAGGUGUAUUCAGGAAAUGACCAGUAAAUUGACCCAGGACAACAGAGCAGAAAGUCCACUCCCCUUACUACCUGUGCCAACUCCAGAUGCAGAGACAGAGAAACUGAUCAAAAUGAAGGAUGAGGAGCUGCGGCGAAUGCAAGAAAUGUUGCAACGAAUGCAACAACAAAUGCAGGAUCAGUGAGUGACAGGUUGAUACCGAAUGAAAAACAAAGACUCACCUCUUCAGCCAAAUCCAAUAGGAAUGAAGAAGGCUGGACAAGACACAGGGGCAUGCCUCUGGGAAAAAUGCACUGUACAGAAUGUGUCCCGUGUUUUCUGUUUUACUCUAGAGACAGCUAGAGGAUGACCACGUGUCUGGCCUACUCUGUCUAGUGCCACCAUAUCAUUCACAUAUCCUGCUUGUUUGUUUGGGUUUGUAUUUAAUAUCUUGUCAGUACAAUUGAAAACCAUUCAGAGACAUAUCUGCAUCGGAAUGCUUCUGUGGAAAAUAUUCUUUACUAAUAAAUGUUUUCAAAUUG